AUGGUCAACACCCGACGAGACAACCCCCAAUUAACUGGACCGCUUCCUCCACCAACAAGAGCGAAACGUCCAAAACAAACGAAGGCUUAUAAAGCACUCUUACAGCUACCACCCCUACCCCCUUCCCCGAUCGAGGAGAAGAUAGAUCCGCUAGAUCACGACCGCCCUCCUUCGCCUUUCGUAUCCGCAAUAUCAUACAUCUUUUCUAAAGUAGUAACCCGACACAUUGACGACGGCACAUUGGUAUCGGCUACAGUCUUACCUGACAAUCGAGUGGUCAGGAACCCUUUUGGACUACCUAUCUCACAAUUCAUCCCACCACCAGGAUACCGACCAAAGAUUAACAUACCGCGGGACACGAGCCCUCCUCAGUCUUCGUCCGAAUCAUCGUCGACAGUCUCGGAUCUUAUUCUUACCCCCAUAUCACCCGCUCCCUCCAUGUCAUAA